AUGGCCUACGCGAGGAUGACCGACGCCUCGUAUAGUCGGUCGGCGGGUUCCUGGUCCGUAUACCACAAGAGUGAAGGCUGUUACAGGACUUUUUCCUUGUCUAUGUUCCCGGAAGAGGAGGUUGAUGUACAAGAGUCACAGAAUAUACAGCAAAUGCCUCCUCUACCUCCAUUGCAAGGUGAGAGUUCUAUUACUAUUGGUGGAGUCAUUGAGAGCUCUAUUACUAUUGGUGGUGUUAUUGAGAGCUCUAUUACUAUUGGUGGAGUCAUUGAGAGCUCUAUUACUAUUGGUGGUGUCAUUGAGAGCUCUAUUACUAUUGGUGGAGUUAUUGAGAACUCUAUUACUAUUGGUGGAUUCACUAGGCUCGUCCCAACCUCCCACGUCUUAACCUCCAGCGUCCCAACCUCCAACGUCCCAACCUCCAGCGUCCCAACCUCCCACGUCUUAACCUCCAGCGUCCCAACCUCCAGCGUCCCAACCUCCAGCGUCCCAACCUCCAGCGUCCCAGCCUCCAGCGUCCCAACCUCCAGCGUCCCACCUCCAGCGUCCCAACCUCCAGCGUCCCAGCCCUCUCAUCAACCUCCAGCGUCCCAACCUCCCAGCGUCCCAGCACUCCAGCGUCCCAGCCUCCAGUCCCAACCCCAGCGUCCCAACCUCCAGUGUCCCAACCUCCAGCGUCCCAACCUCCAACGUCCCAACCUCCAGCGUCCCAACCUCCCACGUCUUAACCUCCAGCGUCCCAACCUCCAGCGUCCCAACCUCCAGCGUCCCAACCUCCAGCGUAGAUUAACAGACACUUACUUUGAAGACACUUACUUUGAAGACACUUACUUUGAAGACACUUACUUUGAAGACACUUACUUUGAAGACACUUACUUUGAAGACACUUACUUUCAAGACACUUUCAAGACACUUAUACUUCCAAGACACUUAUACUUCCAAGGCACUUACUUUUAA